ACGACGGCCCAGCAGUACAGUGAGAAGCAACAGCAUUCCCAAGACAAAUAUACAAGUGGCGCUUUUGAAAAUCCACUUUUCAUCCCGGCGGGGAAACGCGAAAAUGCGGAUUUGGGGUUUCAUCACCUCCGGCACCGAUUUGUUGAAACGGAACACUCCUGACCCAGUCAAGCGAGCAUGCACAGCGUCCUAUGGCUACGGAGCCGCUGCCGUUGGAAUGAUCGGCAACGCCUGUGGACAAGUCGGCAUUCGCCACCUCAACCCGGUUCACUAUGUGCCCGACGGUGAAACGCGCUCAAAGAUUGUCUCUUUCACCACCAAAUUCGUCAAAAACGCAGCCGUUUACACGUUCGAAGAAGUUUGCAAAAAGAACACUGUAGCCCUGAUCAGAAGGCCAUUUCGAACUGUCUUUUCUUCUUCCCCGUUUGUUGUGGUGGUGGUAUUUAGCGAUUGUUGUGGCCGUGGAUAAUGAUCUGUAAGGGGAUUGCGUUACAAAGGGAUUCAUUUCAGUUUAUAAACAAACGACGAGCGAGAUAGGAUGGGGAAAUCAGGAUUCUGGUUCAUCUAUGAAAACUGAUUCCAGUGAACCCAUGGAAUCGGUUGAUGUUGACCUUGACCCAAUUGAUCUCCGAGAACGGGAAGAUGAGCGUCGAAGGAUCUUCGUGCCUGUCAAAGAACUUGUGUCCAGUCGUUUCUUCAACGAGUUGAUUAUUCGAGACGUACUAAGCGCAACGUGUAAGGAUUGCGCUGCACCACAUAUCCCACAAACCAAGAUUCCAGAGGAAGAUGAUUGAGAGGUGCCCUUGCUUGCUAUAGUUUUCCUUUGUACUCUAGGGCCGCUUGUAUUCUGUGUAUAAUUUUUUUGGGUCCUUUUCUUAAUUCUAUUCAGCCUGUGAGGCUGUGAUGCUUCUCAGCUUCUCUACUCUUUUAAAUUAACUAAGCACAUUGAAGAAGCACCCGUACACAACAUUCUGCUUUCUCGUUACUCAUGACACCUCCUGUCCGGUAAUAUCCUCCUAAACCUCAAAUCUUUGACAAACAACAAUUUUU